GAAAGCUUUUUCUCGACGCAAGUGUUCGUUUUUACAUUUUCCUUCCCACCUCCCCGAUUCCUCGCAGACCCUGAACCUUCGUUUCCUUUUUGUAGUUCGAACUUCGGAGGCCAAUCUCUAAAAUUUGGUUCUGAAUUACUUAGGACCACUAAGCGGUGAUCGAGAUGCAGGCAUCAAGGGCCAGGCUUUUUAAAGAAUACAAGGAGGUGCAGCGAGAGAAAGCAGUUGAUUCUGAUAUUCAGCUAGUAUGUGAUGAUUCCAACAUAUUCAAAUGGACAGCUCUUAUCAAGGGGCCAUCAGAAACACCUUAUGAGGGUGGUGUCUUUCAGCUUGCAUUUGCCGUUCCUGAGCAAUACCCUUUGCAACCCCCUCAAGUGCGUUUUUUGACAAAAAUAUUUCAUCCAAAUGUUCAUUUUAAGACUGGAGAGAUUUGCCUUGAUAUCUUAAAGAAUGCUUGGAGCCCUGCUUGGACACUCCAAUCUGUUUGUCGAGCGAUAAUUGCUUUGAUGGCCCAUCCAGAACCUGAUAGCCCACUCAACUGUGAUUCAGGGAAUCUUUUGCGUUCUGGUGAUCUCAGGGGAUUCCAGUCUAUGGCAAGGAUGUAUACCAGGCUUGCAGCGAUGCCCAAAAAAGGGUAAUAAGUGAGAUGCAAUAUUCUCUUGCCAUGAGUUCUGUCAGUACGAGUCCAGGUGAACAUUUCUGAUGUAUCCUUUACUGGAUUUGGAUAUUUUCUGUUUAUUACUCUCAACAAAAGUUGCAUUUUCAAUUUUUCAUCUUGGACCUGUAUUAUGAUUCUGCAAUAAGAAAAAUGUAUGGUUAACUUGUUUGAAAUGUAAAAAAGAUAUUGUUCUAUGAUGCUGAUUGAGGAGAAGAGAAACUGUUAGAUGGACAAUUAAUAACAGUGUUUGGAAUCAAAUUCAAGCUUUGAUUUAUUGAUGCUCAAA